AUGGACCCAGAAGAAAGAUUACGUCAUAGGCUAAUGGCAGUUCUUGAGGAAUCGGAUUCGGAUGUGGAUAUGUGUGACCAAGAAUCAGCUGAAGAAGACCAUGUGAGUGAACGUAGUCAAGAGAGUGACACGGAACAAGAGGCCUCAGAUAGCGAUGAUGACAGUAUCCCGUUGUCCAUGCUUCGAAACCAAGCACGUUCUGAUAAUAUUGAGGCAAAUCCUUAUGUGCAACAGGAAUCCCGUACAACAAAUCGUGAGUCACAACUUCCACAUUAUCUUGGCAAAGACGGAACGGUUUGGUACAAGACACCGUUCCGUCAAAAUACUCGGAUCAGAGCUGAAAAUAUUGUAACGCAACGCCCAGGUGCAGCUUCUGUGGCGCAAUCUGCUAUGACUGAAAUAGAUUGCUGGUCGCUUUUUUUGUACUGA